AUGCUCCGUCGCGACAACUUGGGCGGGUCCGGGAAGCUCCUCGUGCGUCGGAAGCCGAGGCAAGAGCUUUCAGAAGACCAGAAAAAGGAACUCAUGGAGGCGUUCGAGCUCUUUGACAUCAACAAGAGUGGCACGGUCGACCACUACGAGCUCAAGGUCAUGAUGCGAGCGCUGGGCUUCGAUGUCAAGAAGUCCGAGGUCACGCAACUCGUAGACGAGGUCGACAUACACCGCUCCGGACGCGUGCACCUCGACGACUUUCUUGAGAUCAUGCGCCGCAAGAUCACAUCGCGCGAUCCCGACGAAGAAAUUCUCAAGGCCUUCGAGCUCUUUGACGAUGACCAGUCGGGCCAAAUCACACUCAAGAACAUGCGACGUAUUGCAAAGGAGAUGGGCGAAAGCUUGACGGACGACGAGCUUCAGGCCAUGAUCGACGAGUUCGACACCAACCAAGACGGUACAAUCAAUCGCGACGAAUUCCUCCAGAUCAUGAAAGAGUCAAGUGUGUACUGA